CAAAUCCUGCAGACGUGUUCGAGAGCUUUAGAACGUUGUUUGCAAUUGCGGAAAGCGGUAGCGAGGCAAGAGACACGGUGAUAGUUUCAAACUGAAAAGAGUGCAAGAUGCAAGAAUAGCCGAGUUCGAGUCAGUGGAGCAAUAGUUAAUAGGAGAAUAAUCGGAAUUAUCGGAAUAAUCGGAGUCGGCGCCCCAAAGAUCCAUCAAAUAGUCGAGAAAUAACACAAUUAUUACUGUCAGGCCAGAACAGAACCGAGCAGAACAGAGCAGAAAAGAACAGAACAGAACGGAAGUAGUAGAAGUAAAAGUAAAAGCCUCGUUUUCCAAAAACAUCAUCCAUAACCAACCACACACUGUGAACGAACAUUAAAUGAAAAACGCCGAACGGGUUGGCCAAAAUGUGAAAAUCCAAUUCCAAUUGCAAAUCCAACAAACAAAUUAUCCAGAAUCAAAUGAUUGAUAUACAUAUACGUGUAUGUAGCAGCAACGCAAACCAAAAGCAAAAUCGGUUACAAAAACCAAACUCAUUUUAAUCAAAUAUGGGAAAAAUAAAUAUAGAAUAAGUAUAUAUACAUAUAUAUGCUGAAAGCAAGAGCGAAAGCGAAAGGAGAAAAGAUCAUAAAAUACAUAUUUUAUGAAAUUUUUUUGCAUAUUUUUUUUACUGUUUGGCCAAAAACUAAACUGAGUGUGUUCAUAAAGCAGUACAAUGUAAAAUUAAACGGAAGGAUACAUUUAAACGCAAGGAUAACAAAUACAUAACUAGUUUAAACGACUGUGACUGUGACUGUUUCAAUGGAUUCGAGUGAAUUUUCUGUAAUUCCGUAGCGUCAAAGGACAUCGCGUGCUUAGAACUUACGGCGGAUUUUGAUGCAUUUUAACCCAGCUGCGGUUGUUUUAAAAAGCCGUUGUGGCAUACGCUCCAAAGUGUGAAUAUUAGAUUCGAAUUUAAUAUAAUUAUCCUGCUAGCUUGUUUAUUUUGCGAGCUUCCUUGAGUCGAAUCGAGUGAGUUCGUGUGAUGAAUGCACAAUCCCAGCCGAGUCUGAAAGCCAUUAACACCCAAGCCUCAGGCGCACUGUAGCCCCAAUCGGUUAUAUCGCCACCAGUCGGUCAAGAAGGCCAAACCACUGCCACAGACAAACACACACAGAAAACAGAAAAUCAGCUUAAAAGCAGCUAAAAAGCAGCUAAAAAGAAAAACAGCUGAACAGCUGAACAACAUAAAACCACAUAGAACAACACUGGAACUCAGCAAACCCCAAGGAAAAUUGUUUGGCUGUUGCGAUGGAUUACUAAUGCUAAACGGAGUACUGCAAAUCAAUUCAAGGCCUGCGGCUGCCACAGAUAAAUACAGAUAAAUACAGAUAAAUACUGAUAAACACACUACAGGAGAGAAGUUAACUAACAACUAACAAACGGAUAUUUUUAAGCACCAUAAAGUACCAUAUGAAGGCAGUUUUCUAUAAAUUAUUACUGGAAGGAAUUAGGAGAGAAAACUAAGACUUAGAAGUGGGGCUGGAUUCGACAACUUCACUUUUAAUCACAACCUUGCGGCCGCCGUCAUGUGGAUACAAAUCGCCUAUUUAAUCCUCAUCAUUGCUCAGCUGUGCGCUUUUGUCACAUCUGCAGGUGAAGCAGAUUACACACUAGAUGAUUCGUUUUGGAAUGAAGAAAGUCCUGUUGGUGAGGUGGAACGUUUACUUAAAGAAUACAGGCAAAAUCAAGAGCUUGUCCGUCGAAUCGGUGGUCAUUAUUACCAAAUUAUAUACCCUGUACAGCUGCGCCAUCACGAAAAGAUGGGCAUAUCUACGCGUGAAGUCAGUCUCCCAAAGCCGGGACAAAGACCACGACCACACGACGACAGUGGAUUUAACAGGGGAAGAACAAAGAAACACUUCCAUCGUACAUCGUUGCUAAUUAAAGCAUUUAAUCACAAAUUCCGUUUGGACUUGGAGCUUAAUUCGCAACUUCUUUCUCCAAACAUACAACAGAAACAUUACCACGUGGGUGGAUAUCUUGUGGACGGAAACCGACAUGAUAUCGAGCACUGCUACUACCAUGGGACCGUGAAGGAUUAUCCUGGUGCCAGCGCUGCCUUUCACACCUGCAACGGAGUGAGUGGCGUCAUCCACAUUGGUAACGAGACAUUUGUCAUCCACCCCUUUUACGGCGGGGAUCUAUCGAAACAUCCGCACGUCAUCUUCGAGGCGCGCACAAAGGCCAACAAGGGAUGCGCCAACUCGGGAAACUUGGACUCGUGGCGAUUGUCGCGUCGCACCAAGCACUUGUCCGCCGGAGUGGCCGGAGUGGUCGAGGAGAUCCUACAGGGUGGUGUUGGACGCAAUAAGCGGGACGUCAGGGAGGCCACCAAGUACAUUGAGACGGCCAUCAUUGUGGACAAGGCCAUGUUCGACAAGCGAAACGGCAGCACUCGAGCGGAGGUCAUCCACGAUGCCAUACAGGUGGCCAACAUAGCCGAUCUGUACUUUCGCACCCUCAAUACCCGUGUGUCGGUUGUGUACAUAGAGACCUGGGGAAAGAACCAGGCAGUUAUCGAUGGCAGCAAGGAUAUAAGCAAGGCCAUAUCCAGCUUCAACGACUACACCUCGAGGAACCUUUUCCAAAUUGAGCGAGACACAACGCAAUUGCUCACCGGUGAAACAUUUGCGGGCGGGGAGGCUGGCAUGGCCGUUCCCGAAACUGUUUGCACGCCCCGUGCUGUGGGCAUCAGCGUGGAUGUCAACGUGUACGAGCCACACCUACUGGCGGGAACAAUGGCACACAUGAUUGGCCAUAACAUCGGCAUGGGACACGACGACGGACGCGAGGAGUGCUUCUGCCGCGACUGGCAUGGCUGCAUCAUGGCCCAGUCGAUUGUGGGCCAGGAGAAUGUGCAGCCCUACAAGUUUUCGGAGUGCAGUAAAAAAGAUUACAUUGACGCAUUGCGGACUGGCCACGGAUUGUGUCUGCUCAACAAACCGAAUGAGAUUGAGCUGCGCCGUAACUGCGGAAACAAGGUGGUUGAGGAGGAUGAGGAGUGUGACUGUGGUACCUUCGAGGAGUGUGCUCUGGACCCCUGCUGCGAUGGCAUCACCUGCAAACUAAAAUCAGAGGCACAGUGUGCCAGUGGGGCAUGUUGUGACCAAUGCCGCCUGCGACCAAAGGACACAAUUUGUCGUGACUCCAACAAUGAGUGCGAUCUUCCUGAAUACUGCGACGGUGAAAUUGGCCAAUGUCCUUCCGAUGUAUAUAAGAAAAACGGAUCCCCAUGCGGACACACCAAGACUGGCAUUUCCGGUUACUGUUUUCAAGGAUAUUGUCCCACGCUGAGUUUGCAAUGUGAGGCGAUUUGGGGUUACGGUGGAUCCGCUGCGGAUCGUCAGUGCUAUGAGCAAUUCAAUUCCAAGGGCUCCAUCAACGGACAUUGUGGACGAGAUGCCAAUGAGCAUUAUAUAAAGUGCGAACCCGAGAACGUUCAGUGCGGUACACUGCAGUGCAAGGAUGGCGAACGGCAACCAGUUAACGAUGGGAUCGACCAGCUCUACUCACGAACGAUCAUCUCGAUCAAGGGACAGGAAUUCGAAUGCAAUAUUCACAGGGCGACCAGCGGGCAGGUGGGUUCCAAUAGCUACCCAGAGCACGGCCUUGUCAAGGACGGAACUCCGUGCGGCGAUAAUUUGAUUUGCCUGAACCAAACGUGUGUCAGUUUGUUCCCCCACGUGGAUCAGACCAAGUGCCCGGCAAACACACAGGGUCAAGAGUGCUCAGAACAUGGUGUCUGCACUAACUCAAAUCGCUGUUUCUGCGACAUGGGAUGGGGCGGCAAUGACUGCAGCUCCGUCGUUCUGCUCACCACGGCACUGCCAACCGAAGCACUGCCCACCCCGGAAAACACCAUCAAGAUGGAAAAGAAAGAAACCCCAUAUGAGAACUACCACGGCUCAAAUACAGUGUUCCUAGUCGGUGUUCUAAUGUCAGUUGUAGGGUUCGUUUUUAUAACAUUCACCUUGAUGGCAUUGUGCUACAGGUCAGUUGUAGUACAUAGAAACUUCUCCCUGUGUCUAAGGCGCAAGACAACAACGCUAAAAUACGAUCCGCCCUACUCGAAGAAACCUAUUGCAAAAAGUUACGGUGGAGCGGCGACGGCGCCCAAUCAUCAUUCCGUUGAAGAAGUCUCCUUGGAUGGAUCCAGCAAGUUAGUCUAUGCCAAUCAGACUGGCUUCAGGGACAAGGGAAUUCAUGGACGACGCUACACGACAUGUGGCGAGGACGAUCAGUCACAUGCAGAGAAGGGUAUAUUAAAGAAGCACGGCUACGGUCUGGUGCACGGUGAGCAGCUAAAAGAUAAAUGGGGCGAUGACAAUCAGUCGGAUAACCUCGAGCUUAUAACCCAAGACGGCACCCUGGCCUCGACGAGCGGCGGGGCGGCGGCCUCGGAAGUGGAGCGGACCCUCAAAUCGCUCAACGGCUAUCAUGAGGACAUCCUGGAGGCGCUGCGCAAUGCGGCCACCCAUCGCGGCACCGGAACCGGCAACACGCCCGUCGGCAGUGGCAGCCUGAGCGAGGAGAUGCUCCGCAAGACGCUGCAGGAUUGCAGCAAUUCCCAGCUUGGCUACUCUGCGGAGCAGUACAAACGGAAUAUCGGAUCGAAGUCGAGCUCGCGGGAGAAUAUCUGCGACAAUGCCGCCGUUCAUGCCAUCAUUCUCGAUGGCAGCGGAGGCGGCCUUGGCGGCAUGGGUCUGGGAUCGAGCGUGGGCGGAGGCGGAGGCGGCGGAGGCGGCGGUGGAGGAUCGGCCACCAUUUCGGGGGGUAUACCGCAUGGGAGCACACUGCUCCAUCAUCAUCGGUCGCAGCAUCAGUUGCACCAGCCGUCGACGAUACCCUUGCAGCCGCAGCAGUUGGACGAUGACGAUGCCCCGUCGACGGGACCACUGCGUAUACGCAAUCUGGAGGACCUCAUACGGCAGCUAGAGCAUCACUCGUCGCGCCACAUGAGUCCCAGUGGAUCCGAGGAUAUACGCAUGUCGGAAACAGAAGCCGAUCGCCACUAUAGAUUAGAAAGUUCCGCAGCUUGUAGUGAGUCAUCUCAAGGCUCCAAUCAGCAAAUACCACAAUCUCAGAAAACCGCUACAAUUCAUGCGUCUUACAGCAGAAGCUGUCGUCCCCGUUCCGAUGAGGAGUCGCGGUUCACAUUCGGCGGCGGUGGACGCUACCGCCAGCCGGCAUCUUCUGGACGACAUGCGCCACACCAGUCCCAUUCACCGCACGCAUUCGGGCACCACACGCAUCAUUCCCAUGCCCAUGGACAUGCCACGCACGGUCCGCACUCGUCGCACCACUCAUCGCACACCCAUUUGCAGCAGGACGACGAGGGCAUCUACGAAACCGCCGACCACCACGAACGCAACGUGGUUGACGCUCGGCUAGACUGCCACGAGACACCAGAUAGCGAAAGUGAUGACUUUAUUCAAGCUCAACAACAGUUAGCCCGGUGGGCGAGUGAGGAUGUGGUAUCCGUCGUGGUAUUGGACCAGCCGCCAUCCGGUACAAUGUCGGAUUCCCAACCAUACAUCGACGUCGGACCCAUUUCGGGGGCUAUAACGAACAGCGUACUCCACCACCAGCAUCCGCAUCAGCACCACGGCGAUCAUCAUCAAUCCUCCGCAGCGGCAGCGGCGGCGGCGGCGGCGGCAGCGGCGACUUCAGCCAGCAAUACCAUAAUGGCUUUGCCGGUCGUCCCAAAUGGUAUAAGUGUAAGUCAGAGGGACUAUUAUCCAUCCCCACCCUCAACGGAAACGGAAAGCAGUGGAAGUGUUAUCCAGCCGCCCAUACGUCGCGCUUUGCAGUCGGCAGACACAGCGGCAAUAAGUCAACAUCAGCAACAGCAGCAGCAGCAGCAGCAUCAGCAGCAGCUCCUUCAGCUGCCAAUUUAUCAGCAGCAUCCGCAUCAGCAUCAGCAUCAGCAUCCGCAUCAGCUUCAGCAGCAAUCAGGCGAUACCAGCAGCAGCAACAACAGUCAGUCCGAACAAAUCAUCGAGAAUGGCUGCUACCCGGAAUAUAAGCAUUGAUGUUGAAUCGCCAUCAAGCAUGUUUUAACCAUCAGCAUAAGUAUUGGCAUCAGGAUUAGCAUAAGGAUCAGUAUCUGGAUCAGCAUCUGGAUCAGUAUCUGGAUCAGUAUCUGGAUUAGCAUCAGCAUUCACAUCAGCAUCCGCAUUCGCAUCCGCAUCAGCAUCAGCAUAUGCCACGCCCACUCACAUGUGCCCGGAGCCAGCGCGCAGCUAGCUUUCUCUCUAAUAAAGAAAUUUGUAUCGACCUUUAUGAUUACUUUAGCAUAGUUCAAUACGUUGCUCGUGUAUAAGCACAUAAAUAAAUGUAAGCUAAGUGUAGUUAAGUACCUACAUACAUAUGUAAAUGUGAAAAAAGAACUAGUUAACGUAAAUGAGGGGAGAAGCAAAACAAAGAGAAAAAAACUUAACAAGCAACAAAAAAUGUGUAUUCUUAUGUGUGAGUGGUAAAUACAUAGCCAUACUUUAUUCAUAGAUUAAAACAUAAACAAUUUAUUAAGUGAGUAACAUCCCAAAUUGAUAUUCAUAGUAUUCGUGCAUACGUAUAAAGAAGAUAAAGUUAAAGCUAAAGAUAAAGAUAAAGAUAAUGUUAAUGAUCUAGAUAAUGAUUAUGAUUAUGAUAAUGAUUAUGAUUAUGAUAAU